AAUGCGAAUAUGCUUUUACUGCACCCAACUUGCUGAUCCUCUUUGCGGUUGAUAUUUAACUGGGUUUGUUCGUUCACGAGCCUGCCUUUCUCAUGUGGCUCUAGACUUCUCUAGCUGGGUUUUGAAUUUUGAUUGGUACUCUGUUGUUUGUUUAUUGAAUUGAGUACUAAAUAUUGGUUUCGAUUCUCAAGGUUUUCUUUUUGGUCUCUUUCUUUCUGGGUUAGGUGAUAAUUGUAUCAAAAGCUAUAAAGGUGAACUAUUUUGGGUUUUGAUCAACUGGGUUCUUCAAUUAUGAUAUGAUUGAAGAAUCUGGGAUUUAUCAGAAUUGAUUUUCAGGAGGUUGUUGAGGCUCUUCCAAGCGCAUCAAAUUCACAUAUUCAUCUUUUUGACUGAUUAAAGGCCUGGCAUUUUUGCAAGAGAUUUUCAAGCUCUUUGAUUAUGAUUCAUUAAUUGAGAUUUUGAGAUCCGGGUAUUGGUUUUAAGCAAUGUUUGCGGUGGAGAGGAUUGGGAGCUAUCUCUCUAGGGGCGUUGUCACGGUCUCUGGGCCCUUUCAUCCUUUUGGUGGAGCUGUGGAUAUCGUUGUAGUGGAACAGCCAGAUGGGAGCUUCAAAUCUUCACCUUGGUAUGUAACUUUUGGGAAAUUUCAAGGAGUUUUGAAGGCGAGGGAGAAGGUAGUUGAUAUUUGUGUCAAUGGAGUUGAAGCUGAUUUCCACAUGUAUCUUGAUCAUAAAGGGCAAGCUUACUUUCUCAAGGAAGUAGUUGGAGAAGAAGGGGAAUCUGGUUGUUUUCCUUCAUCUGGUGAUGAGACAGAUGGACAAUCUGUCAAUAAGAGAGGGCCUAUGAAGUCGAAAAGUUCCAACAUUGAUGCUAGUAAGAGGAAUUCAGAUGACCAGAAUAGUGUACAGAUGGAGAGGACUGUUUCUAGGACCAAUAGCCGCAGGGCAAGGAUGUUUGGGCUUGUAUUUGGAAGGAGUUCAAUCAAGGAGGAUAAUUCUCAAGAGGGAUUUGGUGGUGCUGUAGUGAGGAUAAGUUCAUUAGAGCGGGCUGAAAUUGCGGCUGACCUCUUAGAGGUGAAGUGGUCUACCAAUCUUGCCACCGGUGGGCCAAUGAAAGACAAUGGCUCUCUGUACACUUCUGCCAAUGCCCUGGACGGUAAGUCCCAUAAAGUUAUCCCUAUUAAUGAGGAACAAAGCCAGGUGGGCUCACCUGUGUGUGAUACCAUCAGAAAUAGUGUGGACCAUUCUGAAAUGGAUGAGGAGAUUGAUAUAAGAAAUGAAGAAACAUGCAGCAUUUCUCACUCUAGCUAUGAGAACCUGGAACAAUUGGUUGGACAAGCUAGCACAGAAAAGCAAUGUUUAAGACCAGACAUCGAGGCUUCCAUAGUCAGAGAAGUUCUUGAAGGAGUAACUGAGGUGCUGUCCGAAAUUUCAGGAAAGAUAGAUGAGUCUAUCAUGGGGAAUGCUGACAAUGAUGAAAAUCCUAAAGGCGAUGUUUCUGAGAUCAGUGUUCAUGAUUCAGAAAUUCCAUAUGUGCUUGAAGCAUAUGCUGCCAAGCAAUUCAACAAAGAACAGGCAUGUGACGAACAGAAUAUUGUUUUAUCAGGUGGCAGCAUUUUUGAGGAGGAAAGGGAAUCAGAAAGAGUGCAAUCCUUUAUUUACUGUGAAACAUCAGGGAGCUCAACAAUGGAAUUGCAUGGCGUUGGUGAACAAAUGCAAGAAACAGUGUACUUUUCCUGUGGUGAUCAUGGAGAAGUCCAUGUCGGUACUGAAACUCUGCAUGUGGCUUCUGAGCUACUAGCUGAGGAAACAAUGACUGAGGGAACUGAGGAUAUUGAAUUUGAGGUGGACCGCCAGAAUGUUUCUGAGCUUUCUUCUCAACAAGAAAAUACAUCUCCUUCCUUCUUAUAUGACAGUAAGAAGAUGAACCUUAAAGUGCCACUGACACUGUCAGAAUCCUACACUGAAAUAUGCAGCCAUGAACCUGUAUGUGAUUCAGCUGAAGGAGCCAAUUCACACAGAGUCACAAACUUGGAUCAUCAAUUUCAUGUUGAAAAAACCAACAUAGAGGAAACUAGCGCAAAUCAGCUCGAACAGACUUCUUUGAAGGCUGUUGAUGAUUCUCAAACAUGUUACAGUAAUUAUGUCCAGAGAAGGGAAUUUAAUAUCCCACCAUCGGACAGUUUGGAGGAAGAACAAUUCCUUUUCAGUGAUCUUGAUGAACCUAAACUCAGCGAGGUUCAGCCUACAGAGCUGAUUAUUCUGGAUGAUGUAGAUAAAGAAAAUGAUCGAUCAUUUCGUCUUCAGGGCAUUAUGGAAGUGGAUGACAUGGUCAAUAUUGAUGAAUGUCAUUCAUCUCCAGACAAAUUUGUGGAGCAUACAUCGAUUGAUCUUGAAAAUUCAACUCCAAACUCAAAGGUGACAUCAAGUUUAGUUAACAUUCCUCGAACUCCUGUGGGCACUGAUAAAGAAGCUGCACGACUGGCGAAAUCAUUGCCCAAUAUGUGGUCGCAAGUUGGCAAUUCAGAGCCACAAGAACUUCACCCUCCUUUAAGCCAUUCCCUGGACUCAAAUUCCAAGUCCUUGAAGUGGACAUUACACUCGAGCUGUAUAGAGUCUGAUGUAGGGAAGGAAAACCAAUUGCCCAAGGAAGAUUCUGAUAUAAAUGCCAAUGAUUCGGGAGAUUUAAAAAAUGCAGUUUUGGACCAUACAAUUGGGGAUCCAUUGAAAGAAUUUGCCCCAAAUGGAAGCUGGAAAAUUUGGCCAUUCUCAUUUAAAAGAUCAAAAUCUUGUGAGACGGUGCAGCCAUCUCUGAAUGAUGCAAGGAUUUCAGAUGCCGAUAAACUUUCAGAGAGCACUACUGGUGCUGAGAAGGUGAUAAAAAAGAAGGUAAAAGCCAAAACUCCAUCAUCUGAACAGCUGGCAUCCUUGAACCUUAAGGAGGGUAGUAACUGCGUAACCUUCACAUUUUCCACUGCGAUGCUGGGAAGGCAGCAGGUUGAUGCCAGAAUUUAUUUGUGGAAAUGGAACACUCGCAUAGUAAUAUCGGAUGUUGAUGGAACAAUUACAAAAUCUGAUGUUCUAGGACAGUUCAUGCCUUUGGUCGGAGUAGAUUGGUCACAAACGGGUGUUACAAAUUUAUUUUCUGCCAUCAAGGAAAAUGGAUAUCAAUUGCUUUUUCUUAGUGCACGUGCAAUAUCUCAGGCCUACCACACAAGGAGAUUUCUAGUGAAUCUCAAGCAGAAUGGAAAGGCUUUACCAGAUGGACCUGUUGUUAUAUCCCCAGAUGGACUCUUUCCUUCAUUAUUCCGAGAAGUCAUUAGAAGGGCUCCUCAUGAGUUCAAGAUCGCAUGCUUAGAGGAUAUUAAAGCAUUGUUUCCUCCUGAUUGCAAUCCAUUCUACGCUGGAUUUGGCAACAGACACACCGAUGAAAUCAGUUACCUGAAGGUUGGAAUCCCAAUGGGAAAAAUCUUCAUCAUCAAUCCCAAGGGUGAGGUUGCCGUGCACAGACGUGUUGACACAAAAUCAUAUUCAUUGCUUCAUGCUUUUGUGAAUGGCAUGUUUCCGCCCACGGCAUCAUCUGAAAGGGAGGAUUUUAACUCAUGGAAUUUUUGGAAACUGCCACCUCCUUCGAUUGAUAUUUGAAGGUGUCAGCCAGAGGUUAUUGGUUGGACCUUCUAAAUAUUGAGACGCGCAGGAAACUCACCAUAAAUUGAGAUGCGCAGGAAACUCGCCAUACUCAUCCUCGUUAUUGCAAGGUACGACCAUAUAUACGAGGUUGUGUGUUUCAUUUUCUUAUACUCCUUUGUGCGAGGAAUAGGCAGGUCGUGUAUGACAAUGGCUGACAAGAAAGUCCCUCUGUCAUUCUGUAUACUUCGCAGGCUCUAGUUUUGGCGGCGUGAAAGUAAUUUAUCGAAGAUUUAGUACAUAGAAGUUGAAUCCAUCGUACCAUGCGUAUUUUGUUGUACAAUCAGUUCAAUUUUCAGUUUAUUAGUGUGUUCAUGUAAUCAGGGUAACAUUUACACGUCUAAUCAUAUAUCGGAAUCCUCAUUGAGGCGAUGUGCAUAGUGCAUUCCCGCGAAGGUUGACAUCGUUCUCGAAUGUACAGAUUUUUCUUGCUUUCUACCGGAUUUAUUUAUACAUACCAGUGUACAUAUGCGCAUUUAAGCUAUACAUGGACGGCAUAUAUGAAUCCAAUUUUUCGUA